CGGUCUUCCACUUAAAAAUGUGGUAAAGAAAUGUCAGUAUUGAUAAAGUGCCGCUUUUAGGCUAUUUCAAAAUACACAUUUCUAAAAAAUACAAAAUUGAAUAAAACAACUUUUCAGCUAUUUGUAAGAUAAACAAUGAGUGAUAAUAGUGAUUCGGAUGAUUGUGUCGAUCAGUACUUUACAAGUUAUGGGGAUUUAGAGGUACAUAAGUUAAUGCUUGAAGAUGAACCUAGAGUUACAAUAUAUAGGAAUGCAAUUCUCAACAACAAGGCUUAUUUUCGAGAUAAAACGGUGCUGGAUGUUGGAUGCGGCACUGGAAUAUUAUCCGUAUUCUGUGCUCAGGCUGGUGCGAAAAAAGUAUAUGCUGUAGAAGCCAGUAAUAUAGCUGAUAUAGCGAAGGACGUAGUAAAGGAAAAUAAGUGGGAACAUGUUAUAGAGGUAAUAAAUGAGAGGGUUGAAGAUAUUAAAAUACCUAAGGUAGAUGCAAUAGUAUCAGAAUGGAUGGGCUUUUAUCUAUUACAUGAGGGUAUGCUGGAUUCUGUGCUGUUUGCCCGUGAUAAUUUCCUAAAGGAAGGUGGUGAACUGUUUCCAGAAAGUGCUACCAUUUAUGUAGCACCCUGUAGUAUACCAUCGCUAUACAAUGACUGGGACAAUGUGCAAGGAGUAAAAAUGAAAUCAUUUGCCAAAGAGCUAAGACUAACCAAAAAAGGACAACCAGAGAUCUUAGAUGUGAAACCAGAGGAAUUGCUUGGUGAAGAGGUGGCCAUUUGCUGGGUUAAUGUGAGAGAAGAUACAACAGCAGACUUGAACUCAUUCAAGCUUAGACAUGUUGUUGGUGCAAGCAAAAACGGUAACUACCAAGGCCUCUGCGUAUGGUUCGAGUGUAAUUUCCCCCAGCUUCCUAACGGUACAGGAGACGGUCGCGUGGUUCUGGAUACGAGUCCGAAAAGCACGCCUACACAUUGGAGACAAACGGUAAUCGUGUUACCGCACGAACAAGACGUGGAACAGGGCGAACCAAUCGCCUUCGAACUUAAAAUGACCAGGGACCCGACGUCGAGUAGAAGGUACAAUAUACAACUAUCCAUGUUAUCACCGGAUAACAUUGAUCACCCGCUGCCUUGCUCCUGCCAUUACACAAAGUGUAUUCUCACCAAAGCAGUCUUAGCACAACAUGCUGAAGCAGCUCUGAGCGAACACAAUAAUAAAGAUGAAAAAAAGGAUGAACCAAUAAAGGAUGAAAUCUUAGUGGAUGAACCCAUAGAUGAUGAUGGUGAUGAUGACAGCUAAAUAAAAUCAUUUUAUACAACA